CCAAAAACCAGUUUUUCAAUACAUAAGUUUUCCCUGAGCAAAAAAUGGGUUCAAAGACACUUCUUUUCCUUUUCAUUUCCUUGGCUAUAGCUUUAAUGAUUACCUCAGAGGUUGCUGCUAGAGAAUUGGCUGAGACUUCCACGUCUGUUGACAAUUCUAAUGCAGUUGAGACUGAUGGCUACGGAGGGUACCGUGGAGGAGGAUAUGGAGGGUACCGCGGUGGUGGAUAUGGGGGCUAUCCAGGAGGAGGUCAUGGAGGAUAUCAUGGGGGCGGAUAUGGAGGGUACCCGGGUGGUGGCUAUGGCGGACGUGGCGGUGGCGGCCGUGGUGGUUAUGGAGGAUAUCACGGGGGUGGAUAUGGAGGGUAUCCUGGUGGUGGCUAUGGAGGACGUGGUGGUGGUGGCUAUGGAGGACGCGGUGGCGGCUAUGGAGGACGUGGUGGUGGCGGCCAUGGUGGACAUCCUGAUGAAGCUGUUGAUGCAGAGACUGCGAACUAAUAAAGCUAGGUCGUGAUUACCCAUCAAUGCUUAAACAGCCUCAGUAGUUUGUAGUGUGAAAUAGAAAUAACAGCUUGAUGAGUGAUCAUGUAAUAUGCACCUAUGUAAUUGUGUCUCUUGCAUGAGCACUUCUGAUGUGAUGGCAAAAUAUUCUCAUGCAUUAUGAAGCAGGUUUACUUAUUUUUCACUAAAAAGUUGAGUAAUGUU